AUGAAUAUUAAAUAAUAACUCCUCAAAUAGUAAAUUCCAUCCUAUUAGCAUUCAGAAGGAACUUGUUUCUGUUCACUUUGUUUGUGUAGUAAUUGCUAUUGCAAACAAAAGCCUUAACAAACACAUUACAUUAAUGAACCUAAAUCUGUCUAUAAUAUCGAUUUUGAUUCUAGAAAAACACCUAUCAAACAUUCUAGAUUACCCAAUUAGAAUUAUUAAGGUCGCUAGAAGGCUUUAUCAUUACAUUCUGUGUAUAAUGAUGAUUUUGAUAAAAAACAGUUGAAUAAAUCAUUCAUUGAUAAUACACAAUAUCCAUAGAAUAAUUCUUUCAGUAUUCCUUUUUGUGGAUGCAAUUCAUAUGCACUACAAUUCCCAGCUAAAAAUUAUUUGCCUCCUUAAUCUUUAAGACCAUUAAAUUAAAUUUAAUUACUACCUGCUAAAUUAGACAUGAAAUCAAGUUAUCAAAGAGAACAUAUACAUCAUAAAUAAGAUUAAGAUAAAAUCAUUAAUUUUUCUAAAAUUGCAAAUUAAAGAUUACAUACCAAUUCUAAAGAAAAAAAUAUCUACUUAAACUCUAGUUAUUAAGAGUAAUUCAAAGGAUAAACUGCCAAAAGAGUUUAAAAAUUACCAAUUCAAUCAACUUACUUACCUUUUGGUUUUAGUAAUCGAGGAAUCAACCUUUAUCUUAGUACAAAUAAAAAAGAUUUUGAAACAUAAAAAUUAUAUCAAUGCGAAGCUGAUUUGAAAUUACAAGAAUUAAGUAAUAUAAUAUUGUAAGAAAAAUGA